AUGCUUGACAAAAUAGAUAGAAUCCUCAAGCGCGUUGUGAAAAGAUGGCUCAGUGUCCCACAACGGGCAAGCGCCGAAAUUGUAUACUUGGCCCACAAACAAGGAGGUGCCAAUGUGACUCCAUCAAGUCUCCUCUCUGAUAUAUCACAGGUAAGCCAUGCCAUGCACCUAUUUCACUCCAAGGACAACAACAUCGUCAACGUCGCACUUGGAGCCUUAGGUGACGUGGUAUCACACAGGAUAAAGCGAACUCCAACCACUGAAGACAUCUGCCAAUACCUAGAUGGGUCCAUGGAGGGCGACCUAGCAAACCCAUCGAAGGAUAUCACCUCCAUAUGGACCCGCCUCAGGAUGGCCACGAGACGUCUAAGAAAUAAGAUCAAUAUCACCUGGAUCAAAGGGCCCGACGUCGUCCCCACCAUUGCUGUCGAUAACAACUGUAUCCAGGUAAGAGGCUGCCAACACACACUGGACAAGCUACUGAAGUUCCAUCAUCUCCAAAGACUGACUGUGAAACCAGACCAAGGUAAGGCCUUCAAGAUCACGGCCUCGAGUAAAGUGAGCAAUCACUUCCUCAGCAAUGGCCAGUACACCCGCUUUUCAGACUGGCGCUUCAUACACCGCGCCAGGCUGUGUGGUUGCAUUACGUGGCCACAAGCGCUUUGGAAAUGA